AUGUUCAGGAAAGGCAAAUUAUUCCAUUAUUCCUUAUUUGUUUUCACAUUUAUACAAUGUUGUGUAAUUAAUUAUAUCACAGAUCAAUGUGAUGUGUAUUUACGAUUAAGAGCACCAUUACAUGAUAUACCGAAUUAUGUAGCUACACGAAUGCCAUGGAUACCUGGACAAUAUAAAUUGAAAAAUUUAAUUAGUGCAGUAUGGUGGACAUUGUGUUUUUUGUACAUUCCAUUGAUAGUAAUCUAUUGGAAAUGUUAUGUGGAGUUUAUUGAAUGUAGCAAAUUCCGAUGCAGAUGGAUUAAACGUACAAGAUUGAAUAAUUAUGAAACGGAAUAUUUUUAUCAUUUAAAACGAUUCGAUAAAAGUGAUCGUCAAUGGUUAUUAUUAUGUUGUAUUAUGUGUAGUGCAAUUUUAUGGUUCUUCUAUCUUUAUGUGUAUUCUAAAUCUUUACAAUUUGUUAAUUCGCGUCGUUUGCGCGAAACUAUACACGUUUGGCUUAGUGGAUUAGUGAAUGUAUAUUUUUUUGAACCAAACGAAUUACCUCGCCGCUUUGCAAAAGCAUCACCAACAACAAUUUAUCAUCAUUUAGAUGAUGGAGUCAACGCAUUCUUAGUCAUUGAUAUUAUUCAAGUUAUGUUUGAAUGUUGUGGAGUGUAUUCAGGCCUAUCGGAUUGGAUAUUGAUGAAUGAAGCGGCAUUAACAUCAGAUCUGCAUGGUUUCGGUCUAAUUCGAAAAAAUCCAUCUGGUCGAAUGAUACCAUAUAGCUGUUGUAAAAAGGCCAAUUGUAGUUCAGGAUUUACUUUUGAUCAAUUCGAAAAACUGACUCAUUGGGAACGUCAAGCAUUUCAUGAGAAUGAAUGUACUGAGCCAAUUUUUAACUUUGUUAAAUCGAAAUGGAUGAAAGUACAAACGUCAUGCCUACCAAUAAUUAUCAUCACAAUGAUCCCUCAAAUCAUUUCAAUGUUGAUAUAUGUUCAAAAAAGAAAAUUAUGGGAACACAUUAAAGCAGCAAUACAUGAAAUGGUAGAUAGUUUGGCAACAAAAAGAAGGAAAGGGAUUUCAUCUGCAAACAUUUCUAAAAUGAAAAAGGAUAAAAAGAUAAUUUUGAAAUAACAAUAUUAGUGAGAAUAACCAAAUCAGAGUUAUGUUCAUAUCUUAUGAAAGAUAUUACACUUUAUCACUUUUCACAAGAUACAAUGAGAAAUAUCAUGGUGGCUGACAUUCUGUUGUGACAGAAUAAUGAAUGUUUAAACAAUGUUGAUGUUGAUGCUUGCCUGAACUGUUUACUUCCAACACGGAUGACGAUCAUUACUUGUUCUGUUAAUGAAACUUGUUGAAAUAUACCAUGUUGAGAAUUUCAUAUUGUAUUGAACAUAUAACAUUGAACAGAGCCAUUAUUGUUGUUAUUACCAAAGGAGAUUGGAGCAUUGGUAUUUUGCAGGACUGAUUGAUGGAUUUUAACUGUGUGUGAGACCUUAAUGUAUAUUGAUUCUUCUUUCCUUCUAGAUCAUUACAUGUUAAUUAUGAUCUUUCGAUUAAUUCAUUAACUAUUGUCGUGUGAUC